UAAGAGAGCGUGUACAGGCUCACAAACUGCUGUUUGUAAUUACGUAAAAAAAGUGGAACAUGAAAACUGUUCGAAGUGGACAACCCUCACAUAGGCGAUCUUUGAACCCAGUAAAAAUUGGAUGGUUCACUACCCAUCAGUCACCGCGGUAACUGCCUGUCCAGCUGUUCGGUACCUCGACAACAUUCGGAUUCUCUUGGUUGCUGCCGGCACUUCGACUCUCGAGGCUUUCCAGUCCCGUAUCCAGGUGACCCGCAGACCUGUCUAGGUCGGAUGCUGCGUACGGCGGGGAGGUGUACCUGGAGGAGGAGAAGAGACCCCGAAUGAGAAGCUUCCGGUGCGACCACAGGAGUCGUCUUCUGCUCAGCUAAAGAGGUGAUGGUUCCAACUCGUAUGAAGCUCCGUGUUCGGCGCCGGGCAAAUGUUUCUGCUGAUGCUGCUGGAGAUGACAGGCCAUCAGAAGAGGAGCCACGGAACAGAGCAAGUGCCAGCCGCAGCAGAAGGAAGAAGACUAGCAAUUCAUCCACAGCUAUCGGAGCGUCAAGCUCACCUCCUCCCUCUUCGUCUGCCUCCGCGUCUGCACGGACUUUGGCACCCGAGGAGGCUUCACCAGACUCUAAGUGCCCCAUCUGCCUAGACCGCUUCAAUAACUUGGCAUACCUGGACCUCUGCUUGCACCGUUUCUGCUUCCCCUGUAUUCAGGAAUGGUCCCAUAACAAGGCUGAAUGUCCUCUCUGUAAGCAGCCAUUUACCUCCAUCCUGCACUCUGUCCGUGCAGAAGGCGAGUUCAAGGAAUAUGUGCUGCGUCCACAGCCUACAAACAGAAGUGAUGCAGUCACUGUUGCUACAGUAGCAACAGUAGGGAGCGACCACCAGAUGAGACUGAUGCUGAGGAGGCACAGAGCAAAUGAUGGUGGCGAGACAACCAGUCGGCGGCGUAGGAGGGUGAGAGGUGGACAGAAUCCGAACGGAGCUGAUCGACCAGCUGUGUGGGAGUGGUACCUGGAUCCUCCUAUGAUUCCCCACCAUCCUGUCCCUCCCGCAAGUGCUGGGGAUUUUGAAGAGGGUGAGGUCCCUGAUGCAAGAUCAAGGGUGGACGCUGAGCGUGGUGUAAUAUUUGAUGGUUUGACUGCUCUUGGCGGGACUGCAGCGUCUGUCGCGCCAAACAACCGUGCCUCACGCCGUUUAAUGAGCCGCUUAGCGGCACGACUACGCGUGCAGCGAGAAGGUGGCUUAGUGCGCCCCCUGAGGGAAAGGGAGGCGAUUGCUUUCCGUCGCUCCCUCUAUCGUAGCAGCAUUCAAGUCACUGGCAUUGCUGGAAUCAAUGGCCACCAACAGCAACAGGACGUAUCAGCUGAAAGCUUUCGAUGCAACCCAGUUGCACUGCACAGGCUCCGCCCCUGGCUUCGGCGAGAGCUCACGGUGCUCUAUGGUGCUCAUAGCUCAUUAGUUGAUAUUGUGCAGCGCUUCAUCAUGUCCUGUCUGGUGCGCCACGGCCUGCAGGAGGUGCGUGUCCUGGAGGAUGAGAUGCGUCCUUUUCUACUGGCCCGAACGAACCACUUUUUGCAUGAAUUGGUCUGCUUUGCUCGCUCGCCGCUAAGCCUGGACUUGUACGACCAACAGGCUGUGUACGAGCCUCUGUCUGCAGCUAUGGAGAUCGAUGGCUCAAGCACUAGCUCAGACAGCAGCUCGGUCAUUGCCAUAUCGGAGGGUGAGGAGAAUGCGGAGACAACCACCAUGAGACCAGAAGAGGAGCUUUUAGGUGAUGUGGCCAGAGAUCGUGCUAAUGGCAUCCAUUCAGGAAGCAAUCUUAGUUUGUCUGGGUGGGACGACGACACCCCUGGGCCCUCCUACUCCACCGCCGAGCAGUCAAGUACACUUCCCUCAGAUUCACUGAGGCCUCCAUCCAAGGCUAAUGAGAAUGCGAAAGAGAAGCCUGCAGACGAGGAGGGAGAGGAAGAGUGUCUCAUUAUUGGCUACAAGAAACCUAUUGCAGAGAGAACUCCUGAACUUGUGCAGCUGUCGUCUGACUCCGAGGUAGACGAUGAGAAGAAGGUGGAGACGGCUGCAGACAAGACUCCACCUCCUUCAUACUUGCCUGCAAUUUCUGCCUCCACGUCAGGUGCCUGCCAGGAUGAGCAGCAGUCCAGUGUGUCGAAGGAGGCGCAAGAGAAAGGCUCUCGUCUGCAUCCCGACUCCUGGUCAGAUUCUUCUGACAGCAGUGCGAUAUCCGUAUGUGCCAUCAGUCCACCAGAGGCGACGUGGAGCAAACAGAGGCACAAACUAAACGGAAAGCGCUCUCAUUGUGACGCGUCAAGAGAGAGAAGAAAGGUUAAGAAAAGAAAAGCGGAUCGCCCUCAUCAUCUCAGGAAACAUGGAGCUCAUUCCAACCGUGACCAUUCCCGCUCUUCUUCCCCUUUGUACUCCAGCAUUGAUUCCAACUCCCCGGCGUCCCCUAGUCUGCUGCAUUCCCGAAGAGAUUACUUCUACUCACAGGAUUCUCCAUUCGCCUCUUCCUUCUCCUCCUCCUCCUCCUCCUCCUCGCCAUCAUCAUUCUGUUCAUCCCCUCGGCCUACAUCACCCAUCUUGAACACGUCUACCACCCCGUCAAUGUCACCUGGAUUCCAGGAUCACUGUGAAGAGAAGCCUGGCGGGAAGAGGAAGUACAAGAGUCGGCAUCUUGAAGAUGAUCCAUGCUACAAGCCACCUGGAUCCCGAAAUCAAGGGAAAAGAAAAAGAGGGGAACGUGAAAGAAAAACGAGGGAGAGAUCUUCAACUCGUGCUCGCAGAGUGGGCAACAGUGGCAGAAGAAGCAGGAGGUGUCAGGAGGAGCGGAGCCCUAGUGUGGAGAUCAUCUAUGAAGGCACCGUCAACUCCACAACACGGGCCAGCCAUAAGCCUCACAAGAGACGCAAGAGAACACAGCAGAACAGUUGUCCACUCAUCAUCACCAUUGACAGUGACGAGAGCCAGGCUGGCGUCAUCAGCGAGGGCAGUGGCUGCAGCAGCCCAAUCAGCAGUCAGAAGACAGUGGAUUUCUCGGACAUCCCUCCACUCCCAUUGGCUCCAUCUGAAAGUGUGGGUACGACCGUGGAUAAUGAUGCGGCUGAACUUCCCGCUGACAUCCUGGAAAGACGAUCCGACGGGUCUGAGGUGGAGUCUUUCCAAAGGUCCAAGUCUCAAAACCUGCUCACACUUGACAGCGACUUUGACCUGGAUGUGACUGAUGAUCGGGACCUGCCUCCUGUCCGGCCAGGGCCAGUCAGAAAUGACUUGAGAGGCACUGAAAGAGGAGGUGUUGGCGUGGAGGCUGGAGGGCCUGAAGAUGUGCCUUCAUAUUCCGACCUGCUUGUCAAAGUUCUGAAUGAUUUGGAGGGUCUGGCUGCCAAAAGCGGAGCCCACUUGAACUCUGCCGCCAGGUGUGUGCCCGAAACAACCAAAUCUGAAGCGGCCGCCAAACGAUCAGGAGAAGAGACCUCGGAUGCGGUGCGGCUUCAUAGCUCCUUCCUGCCUUUGCCGCCUCUCCAGCUGCACAAAGCAGAAUGUCCUCAGCAGCUGAAAGAGACAGGCCCCAUCCAAACACACAGUAAUGCACCACCACCCUUAAAGUACAAAAAUUCUGGUAGUCCCACAUCUUACCGUGAAGUCAUCCCACCCAUCACAUCACUGAAACAACAUUUUGCACAGACUCUGGCUCUCAAACAGCAGGGGUCCUGUACAAGUCCCGCAGCUGAAUCCCUUAGCCUGCUUUUACCUGAUCCGCUCUCUUCAGCCAACUCCCACAUGCUUCCUUGUCCUUCUCGUGGCACCUCAGUCUCCCGACAUCAGCCCUUUUCCUCUCAUCUGAGUGUUGCCUCACCAGGUCACAGAUACACAACUGUGUCCCCUGUUGAAAGAGAUGAUCAAACAUUGUCCUCCAAAGAGAAACCGACCUUGAGCAAAUCUACCUCUGAAAGUGUCAGAACAUGUGCUUCCAGUCCGGCAGUGCCCUCUGACUUCCAGUUGUCCAGCGAAGCUCCAACUGCGGUCCCGUUGAUGGAAAGCGCUGGCAGCUUGAACAGCACUUGUUCGCUUGUUCCCUCAGCUGUGCUAACUGCUUCUGAGAGAUUUUCCCCUGCUCUGCACACUCGCUCUCCAGAACCAGACUCCUACACUGUUGCCAGUCCACAUGAGGAGAGGGAGCCACUGCAUGCCAACAAUACUCUUCACAAACACUUGAAUCACCAAUCUGCUGCCUCCAAAAACCAGCUCCUAUCAACAAAACCACAGACGGACUCCAAAUCUCUCAACCACUAUGAGCCGGGACCACUUGCCCAUUCUUCCACACUGCACGUUCCCUCACACCUUCAUACUCCAUCGCCCACACACACUUGAUCGAAAAUCAUCCAGCAGUUCAAAGGUGCAGAGACUUAUAUAAAAAAAUGUUCUUUCCUAAUUUUGUAAAAAAAAAAAAAAAAUCAACAUGGAACUUCUCCAUUAGUUUUGUUUCUACAUAUAUUUUCAAAUGUGGUUGGUUACUUUCAUUUUGAUUUGUCAAGUGUCAUUCAACAUUCCUUUAGAGUUUUAACUCUCAUCGUACAGAAGCGGUAUGUCACAGUUGAAGGUGUGUGAUGACUCGUGAGAUUUGUUUAAAUAUGGUUUUAGGCUGAUCCUGAUGGGUAGGGCGCUGGCUGGUCAUCUAGCGGACUCGUACUCAAUUUACAAUGCAAGAUGUUUGUCUGCAAACACAUUGAUGCUGUUGAACUAAAGAGCCAGUGUUGCAACCUGAUGGUGAACUGUUCUAUUCCCUCACGUGGAGAUCACUGUGAUGUCCCCUAGUCAGCAGUGUCAGGACAUGCCUCGAGUGUGAACUGAACGAUUGUUCAAUUUAUCUAAAUUGGUUUCAGCCAUCUUCCUAUAUUCAGUAAAUGCAACUAUAAAACAGAAAAGGAUGUUUCUGCUCUCACCUCAACUCAUGUUCUUUACUGAAAAUAAAAGAUUUUUCUUGUU